GUUUCUCCCGGUUUGGUUGCUGCGGGGCCGGAGCAUCGCCCCCAGGGCUCCCGCACCCCCUCACCUUGUGCCGGUCCCAAAGAAUCCUUUGGGAAGUUCCUCCCAGCAGAGGAGCUGUAGGGACACAGCAGGAGGGGGCACAGCACCCUGCGCGCCUCAGGACGUGCCUUGGGGUGGAAACACAGCCCUCUGCCGGCAAAACAUUCGCAUUUGGUCAGACAGUCGAUGUUUUAUUGCACGGGGAAGCAGGAGUUCAGACAGCCGCGGUACCGGGGAGGGACCCAGCUGGAAAGCACCGGCUGGGGUACUUGAGAGCAAAGAGCGCUUGUCCCUGAACAAUUCAAGAGAGCUCACACCUUAACAGUCUUGUUCAUCCUCACGUGUGCGCUGGGCUACGUAACCUUGCUUGAAGAAACCCCCCAGGACACAGCCUACAACACCAAGAGAGGCAUCGUUGCCAGUAUUUUGGUUUUCCUGUGUUUCGGAGUUACACAAGCUAAAGAUGGACCAUUUUCAAGACCUCAUCCAGCUUACUGGAGGUUUUGGCUGUGUGUCAGCGUUGUCUACGAGCUCUUCCUCAUCUUCAUACUCUUCCAGACGGUGCAGGACGGGCGGCAGUUCAUGAAGUACAUCGACCCACACCUGGGCGUUCCUUUGCCAGAGCGAGACUACGGCGGAAACUGCCUCGUGUACGAUCCCGGCAACGGCACCGACCCGUUUCACAACAUCUGGGACAAACUGGAUGGAUUUGUUCCUGCUCACUUCUUUGGCUGGUACCUGAAGACGCUGAUGAUUCGGGACUGGUGGAUGUGUAUGAUCAUCAGCGUGAUGUUUGAGUUCCUGGAGUACAGCCUGGAGCACCAGCUUCCCAACUUCAGCGAGUGCUGGUGGGAUCACUGGAUCAUGGAUGUGAUCUUGUGCAACGGGCUGGGAAUCUACUGCGGGAUGAAGACCCUGUCGUGGCUGUCUCUGAAAACCUACAAGUGGCAGGGGCUCUGGAACAUUCCUACGUACAAGGGUAAGAUGAAGAGAAUCGUGUUCCAGUUCACGCCGUACAGCUGGGUGAAGUUCGAGUGGAAGCCGGCGUCCAGCCUGCGCAGGUGGCUGGCGGUCUGCGGCAUCAUCUUCGUCUUUUUGUUGGCAGAGCUGAACACGUUCUACUUGAAGUUUGUCCUUUGGAUGCCACCAGAACACUACUUGGUCCUGUUGCGACUCGUCUUUUUUGUCAAUGUGGGAGGUGUGGCUAUGAGGGAGAUCUACGACUUCAUGGACGACCCGAAGUUCCACAAGAAGCUGGGUCAGCAGGCGUGGCUGGUGGCCGCCAUCACCGCCACCGAGUUCCUGAUCGUCGUCAAGUACGACCCCUACACGCUGACGCUGUCUCUCCCGUUCUACAUCACCCAGUGCUGGAUCCUGGGGAUUAUCCUCGUGCUCACCUGGACAGCCUGGCGGUUCUUCAUCCGUGACAUCACUUUGCGGUAUAAGGAGAUAAGGCGACAGAAGCAAGAGCACAAAUACGAAAAGGACAAAUGCCUGAGCAACGGCGACGGACUCUCAUCGAUGCUGGAUGAACAAAACGGGAACAAACUAAGGGAGAGGAAACCUUGAGCAGCAACGGGCUGUCAGGAACUCUAGUGCUCGAGCUGGCCUGGUGGCAGUUCCAACCUUAUCCUACCUAACUUGUACUUGUCGUUGUUAGCUUUCCAAGGUGUGGAAUCCUCUCGGGGCAAAGGUGUCGCUCGCGGGCGGGGCCGCGGGGUCUGUGACGUGGUGACGCGGGGUCUUGGCUGGGGCGCGCUGCGUCUGCCUCCAGAGCAAGGCGUGGAGACGGGGCCUCUAGGACAAAGCGCAAAGGCAGGUUAGCUGAUUAUUUCCAGUAAGCUGUGAGAUUUCGACGUUGACGUUUGGGCAUUAGGAACACUUGUUUUGGAGUGUACAGAUACCAGGCACAGGAAACAGUUUAUUUUCGUUCUGCUGACACUACCUUGAGCUGCGGAGUAAGAUUGUGUGGAGCGUUCAGCCACCGACUAACGGAGCUGCAGCGGGAGGAACGUAGAGAAACCGAAGCUUGUGAACAAGUUGCGUAACUUGCACAGAAUGUCAAACACUACACUACUGUUACAGGCCCUGUGCCGCGGGGCCGUUGCCUUUCUCUGAACUGACUUUCAACGUCCUGGAGUAGCCUACAAUAGUUUUAUGUUGUACCACUGCUCUAGGGAGACGGACGACUUCUCCUUAGCUCUUUUUUUAAUUUUUAUUUUAGUCUUGGGCAUCUCUUAAGUGUAAGGGAAGGUUAAAUAAGAAAGGCCAACCUGCCUUUCCUUCGCUUCGUGGAGUAAAAUGUAUAACAAGCAGAAAA